AUGAAUUCCCAGACAGCAAACAUACAGUUCAAGGGUUCGGAUACCUUCGGUAUUCGAGCGCAGGUGGCGAUGGCUUCCAGCGUCUACCAGGUCGGAGUACUAGACGAACUCCGUAGACAGGAUCCAGCAAAUGGAAUUCUGUUCACUUCCAGUGUCCCGAACGAGGAACCGAGAUGCCAACCGGAUGGUGCAACUCGAGGAAUCUGA